AUGAGAUGUGAAGACCAAUGGCAAGUCAAUCAUGUGGUACCGUUCGUCCUGUCGCGUAAACUUCUGAAGCUACUCGAGAAGAAUAAACCAUCGCGUAUCAUAUUCGUGAGCAGCAUCUGUUAUGACUGGCAUCCGCUAGUAUGGGACGAUAUGGAGAGUCGAAAGGACUAUGAGAAGUAUGUGCAGUAUUCACGUACCAAACUUAUGCAUCAUAUGACGGCAUUUAAACUGGCUCGUCUUGUCGAAGGAACUGGUGUGACGUGCAAUGUUCUCGAGCCUGGUGUCAUUGAGACGAAACUUUUACGGUGA